ACAGGGUGGAAAAGUUAGGAAGCGACUCAGUAGAGUUUCAACAUCGGGAAGUCCGUCUCCGCUGAGGAUUUAAACGUUACCAAUAUGGACUCCCGCCGUGUACAGUUUUUCACUUUGUUUGUUUUUGUAUUUAUUAACCAACUAUUUAUUGUAAUUCAAGGAAAAGAGAAUGUGCUGUUGGACAUGAAGGCCUCAGGAGGGGAUUUGGGCUGGCUGCCUUCACCCAGUGAGGAAGGGUGGGAGAUUAUGCAGACAGUGAUCAACAGCUCCCUGUUCUACACGUACAGCGUGUGUAAUGUGGCCAACGACGGCGACCAGGACAACUGGCUGCGCACCACGUUCAUCCAGCGCCGGCCGGACGUGUCACGAGUCUCCGUGGAGCUCCAGUUCGUUGUGCGCGACUGCGGCACGUUCGACGGCAACCUGCCCUCGUGCCGCGAGACGUUCGGCUUGUACCUGGCUGAGUCGGACGUGGACGUGGGCACCAGCUUCAGGAAGGCCAACUUCCGCAAGGUGGCCACUGUGGCGCCCGACGAGGUGACGGCGAACAAGGGCGGGGGGAAGGCCACACUGAGGGUGAACGUGGAGACCAAGACGGUGGGUCCGCUCUCCCUCCGCGGGUUCUACCUGGCCUUCCAGGACUCGGGGGCAUGCGUCUCCCUCGUCUCCACGCGGGUCUUCUACACCAUCUGCCCAGCUGUCACAAAGGGCCUGGCAGCGUUCCCAGAGAAGGUGGUGUCGGGCGCGCUCACAGAGGUGGAGGGCACCUGCGUGGAGAAUGCAGUGAUGGCUGCCCAGGUGCCCUCUCCUCGGAUGUACUGCACCUCCGAGGGUGACUGGGUUGUGCCCGUGGGACAGUGCCAGUGUCGGGCCGGGUACCAGGCUGUUGGAGAUUCCUGUAAAGUAUGUGAGUCCGGAUUCUUCAAGACCGUUGUCUCCAACGCGCCCUGCGAACCUUGUCCGGCCAACACCCAGCCCUCCAAGCCUGGCGCCCUCUUGUGUCAGUGUCUGGAAGGAUUUUUCCGCUCCCCCACAGACCUGCUGUCCUCACCCUGCUCCGCCCCUCCCAGUUCUCCUCGUGAUAUGGUUGCCACAUCACUGUCUUCCAGUCACCUUCAGCUGACCUGGCGCCCCCCUCUGGACAUGGGCGGACGCAGCGACAUCACCUACAGCGUGUCCUGCGAGCACUGCGAGGGCGCCAUGUGCGCACCGUGCGGCGAGCGGGUGCACUUCGAGCCGCCGGCCACCGCCCUGCGCGACACCAUCGUGACCGUCAGCGGCCUGGAGACGCAGCUCAACUACACGUUUACUGUGGAGGUGCACAACGGUGUGUCCCGUUACAACCUCCAGAGGGCCACCAGCAGCAUCACCACCGUGAUGCACAACACAGAUCCUCCAAUGGUGACGUCCAUUCGCCUGGACGAUUAUAGCCCCACCAGCCUGUCUUUGUCCUGGACCCUGGACCGCAGGGUGAAUCCCCAGUCAACCCAUCGCUACGAACUCAUGUACCGCAAGAAGGAGGAGAACAGUGAGCAGGAGUUCACCACUUACACAGUGCUGGUUUUGGAGAGGAACUCAGUCCAGCUCAAUGACCUCACCCCUGGCUCCAAGUAUGUGUUCCGUGUUCAGACACUGACACAGGAAGGCCACCCAAGCAGCACCAGCAUGGAGUAUGUGUAUGAGACCCUUCCCAUCGCGGAGUACCAGGCCCAGAGCAGCUCAAUGAUCGUUAUGGGAGCUGUAGUCGGUGGGGCAGUCAUGCUGGUCAUCGUUGUGGCCGUGUUACUGAUGCAUAAAAGAAGACAGAAUUUACGUUCAAGACAGAGACAUGGGGACAACUAUUUCAGCUGUGCAGAGAAACUUCACACCCUUAAGACAUAUGUGGACCCCCACACUUAUGAGGACCCCAGCACAGCUGUGCUCAAAUUCACCAGUGAGCUUCACCCCGGCCUCAUUACCAAGCAGAAGGUCAUCGGCGUAGGCGAGUUUGGCGAGGUGAUCCGUGGCAUUCUGAAGAAGCCGGGGCGCAGCGAUGUGGCUGUGGCCAUAAAGACGCUGAAGCCUGGCUACAUGGAGAAGCAGAGGCAGGACUUCCUGAGCGAGGCCAGCAUCAUGGGCCAGUUCGACCACCAGAACAUCAUCCAUCUGGAGGGAGUCGUCACCAAGUUCAAACCUGCCAUGAUCAUUACGGAAUACAUGGAGAAUGGAGCUCUGGACAUCUAUCUGAGGGACCAUGAUGGCGAGCUGUCUUCCUACCAGCUUGUGGGCAUGCUCAGUGGCAUCGCAACGGGCAUGAAGUACCUCUCCGACAUGAACUACGUCCACCGCGAUCUGGCUGCCCGUAACGUGCUGGUGAACAGCAAUCUGGAGUGUAAAGUGUCUGAUUUUGGCCUGUCACGCGUGCUGGAGGAUUACCCCGAAGGCACCUACACCACCACGGGAGGAAAAAUCCCCAUUCGCUGGACAGCCCCUGAAGCCAUAGCGUACAGGCAGUUCACCUCGGCCAGUGACGUCUGGAGCUUCGGCAUCGUGAUGUGGGAGGUCAUGGCCUAUGGAGAGAGGCCCUACUGGGACAUGACCAAUCAUGAGGUGAUGAAGGCCAUUAACGAGGCGUUCCGCCUGCCCGCACCCAUGGACUGCCCCUCCGCGGUGUACCAGCUGAUGCUCCAGUGCUGGCUCCACGACCGCUCCAAACGCCCGCGCUUUGUGGACAUCGUCAACGUGCUGGAAAAACUGAUGACGAACCCCGAGUCCCUUAAAACCAUUGCCAACUUUGAUCCACGGGUGUCAAUCCGCUUGCCGAGCACAAGUGGAGCUGGUGGCGCCCCCUUUAGGUCAGUGGAGGAAUGGCUGGAAUCCAUGAAGCUGUCUCAGUACAAUGAGCUGUUUGCUCGCGCCGGCAUCACGACCAUGGAGCAGGUGUUGCACCUAAAGUCAGAGGACGUCAGGAACAUCGGGGUGCAGUUGGCAGGCCAUCAGAAGAAGAUUGUCUACAGCGUUCUGGGACUGCGGGACCAGUGUUGCACUCUGGACGUGUUCGCAGUCUGAUAUCUCUGUCAUACGUCCCGGCGCUGCCAGGAAGUAGGCUGUCAACACGGUCCUGCAGGGCCCACCUGACACGGCCAGUUAGCCCAGACAGGCUGUACCUUCAGGUGGACCGCAGGAGAUUUCAGGAACGUUACAUGUGAAAGACAUUUUCUAUUAACCCUCGACAUUUUUUUUGUACAUAUACUGUAAUAACAUUUUUAUACUGAAUAUUUUUGUAACACUGUUGUUUGUUGUCUAUUGUUAUUAUCGUUGUUGUGUUAUUGUUAUGAGAACAUUUUGUAACGACCAGACCAUUAAGUGUCUUAAAAGAGGACCAGAAAUGAAACUGGAAAAGGGUAGUAGAAGUCUCCUUUUGUGAAAGACUUUAUAUUCGUGGUCUUGGUUGGUAUACCAUUGGCGAGCUUGAGAUUACCUUUGUUUUAUGAUGUCAAAAAAAGAUGUCCAACUGGACGAGAGUUGUCAAGGUUUGAGUAAACUUUGAGUAAACAUAACUGAUCAAUACAUGAGUACUUAAGAGCGGUCAACAGUCCAGUGAUGGUGUCAUGAUUAGAUUUAUUUGCAGUAAUAAUUCUUGACCAAUGUUGUAGUGUGGACAGCCCACUAAGUGCUCAAUGUGAAGAGACCUUCCUUGAUUACAAUCACUCUUCAAAGCUGACAUUCCUCUCUUUUCACAAGGCUUCAACUUAAGUCUUACCUGGAGUGGUCUCCCUGUUUGUUGCUAUUUUAUGCUGUAGCCAUGAAGCCAUUUUGUGUCUGUUCAAAGGCAGAUUUUGUUCAGUCGCAUAGGUGGAGAGCAUGAAGUGGAAUGAUAAGUGAGUAGGCAAUGAUGGGUGAAUGGUGGACUGCCCACUCUUGGUUAACGUGAGACUGAUGAACCACUAGAAAGGACAUAGGGACAACAGUAUGUUAACCACUUUAAAAAAACUCUGUUUUGAGAUGUGAAGUUUUACGUUACUGGACAUCAUAUUAGGCCGACCACUCCUGAACCACUGGGAAGCAUGCUUCCACAUGCGUUCCCAUUUGUCUUAAUGCUGCUUGUUUACACAAUUAUUUAAUAUUUAUUUUAUGUUUUAUUUAUUUAUUUCUUGUAUAUUAAAAUGCAAUAUUUGUAAUUGUUGUAUUGUUAUGAUGGAUAAUAAAUAAAUCUUUCAGUCUU